UAUCAUUGCCGCUCCGCACGGCUUUCUUUCAUCAGGCUGUAUGACAGCAAUAACUCCAGAAAGAAAUGGCUACUUUCCGAGCUGGGAUUGUUUAUUUAGUUUGGGCUUGCUUGACAAAACAAAUAUUGACAAUUACAUUUUUCAUUUUUAUCCACCUUUUCAAAAUGUUUGACAGGGUUCAUUAUCUAGAAUGGCACCUUCUGAAUGAUUGUUUUUAAAAGCAUUGGAAGUUCCCCCAAAGUACCUACUUGGUACGAAUGUAUAUACCAAAUUAAUGAUCAUAUUACCGCUACAGAAACAUGGCAUUCCUGGUCAGUGUCGGUCAACUGCUUGUGUUGCUUACUGUCCUCUUCCAUCACACAACAGCACUUCCCACUUUCGACAGGAGUCAAAGGCAUGCUGAUGGGCUCUUCACAAGUGAGUUAAGUAAACUGCGUGGGUCCUUGUCUGCUAAAAACUACGUCAAAGCACUACUGGGAGCCAAGCGAAGCUUGUCCGAAACAUCUGGUUUGAGCACAAGGCAACUGGGAGACAUCGAAUUCACCAACAAAUACGCUGAUUACCUAAAGUCCAAGGCAAAGUUACACAAAAUCACCUCCCUACUGAAACACAUGCAGAACAUUAAAAGGAGUGAUGAAGAAAGUUUUCAGGAGACCCCUGAGCCUCACAUAUCCCCUGUUACAGAAGAAAUCAACAUGGAUGUGAAUGGCCUCUGCCUCCUCUGGUUCCAGCAGAAUCUUCUUAAUGACAGCAGUCUUAUUGGCACCGAUUCAGAUGAGGCUAAUGAGCUGAUUGGUCAGUUUAUUUGCCAUGCUGUGAACCAACUAGUUGCAGACAUCUACCAAGAAGACUUCUACCUACCAGUCAAUCAAGAGAGGGAGUGAGGGCAAGGCAGUCAUCAGCGCAAGCAAGGAGAAUCGAGAUGCAAUACCAGUCAUCUUUUUAUUCAAUAAUUAUUAUUACUCGCCAAUGUUUAUUAUAUUAAGAUGUUUAAUGUAAAAUAAUCUGUAAUCACACAUUUUGAAAUCCUCUAUGGAUAUUUUUGUAUUGGACUAAACCUGAAUCUCACAUGGGGAAAUCAGCACACAUUCAAACACCUGCUAUGUCAUUCCUAAAUUAUCCUCCAGGUGUCAGUACUUGAUUUCCUAAAAUAUGAAAGAAACAAUAAAUACGAAUGAGUUUCUGCAGCACAACAUAAGCAACUCAUCAAGGCAAGGCAUCUGCCAGGUUUUAAUGCUGAAAAUAUUUCAAAACGGUUUAUGUAAAAUCUUUCAGAUUGUUAACCCUUUUCAUCACCCUUAUGAGAGUUUACUGCAGCAUAACAUCAGUUAAUGUAUUCAGUAAAAGACAAAGGCAUUGUCAAAAGAAAGCUUAUGAGUAUGUACAAAAUGAUCAUGAUACAGCAGGAAACUUUCCUAAAGGUUUGUAAACCUUGAAAUAAGGAUAGAGUAUAUUGUUUCAAUAAAGAUAAUUUGAUAUUAAUGAA